CUGGCCCAAACAACUACUUAACUGUCGUCAGAAUGGCGUCAUUUCAACUUGUCGGCUUACUUCUUGCAAGUUUCUUGCUUCAGAUAGCCGGGUCUGAACAAACCGUGCCAACAACACAUGAAGGCCUAAGUACAACUGCAAGAGUACUCCCAAAGCAUGGCUUUGUAGCCAACAAAUGUGUAUUCAUCCUCGCAACCGGACAUUCGGGGUCGACAGCGCUAAUGGACGCUCUAAAUCAGUUGCCGAAUUACUUGAUACGUGGAGAGCAGUAUGCUGCAAUUUGGAACAUCUAUGAGUCUUACAUGAACUUUAAUUGGACAAUAGCGGACCCAUUAAGCCAAUUAAAAUUUAACUGGUCGGAACGUCCGCAUGCAACUUUCAAGGAAGUAAAGGACCUAUAUGACAAGGAAGCCGUUACUGAGAAGCUUCCCUGGUUCAACGAGUUCAACCUCGAUCGCAUCAUGGCAGCUGCCAGGACCUACUACGCAAUCCUUUACGGGUAUUACGGCAAAGGCUUCGUCUCAGGAUUUAAGGACAGCAGGUACGUGUGCGGGGAAUCUUUCGAGUCAUGGAGAUGCGCCGAGGUGUUCAAUGGCUUCAUGACUUUCCUGCGCAAGCUAUGUUUGGAUGUCAAGGUGGUCUUCAAUACACGCACGUCCGAUUCAUUUGAAUCCAAUACACGGCUGUUCCACCAGAUGGCAAGGUUCAGUGUAGAUGAAUUCAGUAAGAACCUUAAAGAGACACAUCGCUUAUUUAAUGACUACGCCAAGAAUAACCCAGAUCUUGCUUUCCAUGUUUUCUACGAGGAAAUGUACGACGCUCAGAAGAACGCGACGCUGGCACGGAAUCUGUUACAGUUCUUGAAGGAAGAUCCUUCGUUCCCUAUCCGAUUCACUAGGAUGCCUGCAUCGAGAUCUUAGCAUAGUUGCGGUUAUCAGCCUGCAUGUUGAUCGCCGCUUCCAUUCCGGUGCUUUCGGCUCUCGGCAAGAGUUGGAGUGAUGGCAGGCGACGAGCUAGCAUGUAUAGAUGAUUGCAUAGGACAGGGCUUGCCAUGAAGCUCGUGCAAGUGGCAACACCUUGCGUGAUGAGCCGAAGGAUGUUUUGAAAAGAUUUCAUUGUGAGCGAUUUCAACACAAGCAAUUGGGAUUGCUCGGAUACGGUGGUGAAUCAUCCAAGCAGACCUACAUCCCACUGCGCGACUUUCAUGGAAGGUUAAGUUGUUGGCUGUGUCAAUGCAAAGCACAGGACAGGUGCGUAUCGUAGGGUGGUUGUUGAUUUCUAUGCAUGCGUUGGCAUUUGCGUCACCCUAUGUUGGUCCUAUGCCGUUUCGGCGUAGUCCGUUGGGCCGCGUGUGUUCUGUUGUCAGUACUCCGUGAGGGCAUUCCAGUGACCUUGCUUGCUUACUACAGUGGCUAUGGCAGAGAGCCUAAGCAGCGAGGUUCAUGUGCAUUCGUUGGUCUCUGAAGGGGCUAAAAGUAGCCGUCAUAUGAAUGUCACUGAUUGAACCCGUCAUAUAUACGUGUCUACCGGUAUCCCGUUUAUGAUUUGUCCCGUAGCUGCGAGCUUUAAUCCUUUGGCUAAUACCGAUGCCGGUUUUGGGCUUAGUGGCCCGCCAUGCUUGUUGCACUUUUUGCUGAUUAUGCAGGGGGGGGUAGUAACUGCAAAAAUAGACCCCGAGAUCCAAAUUAAAGGAGCUUAGCGUGGGGAUUCCGAAUCCGCUUUCAGGAUUCUGUUUGGAGUUGUAAUGAAAAAAUUACGGGCUUGCAAAGUUGAUCGUACGGCA